AUGACGAUCGAUGAGGAGACGCUUGUUCAAUGCUACAACAAAGGAUGCGGCAUCAAAUUCGACCCAAAGGCAAAUGGAUCUGAUUCGUGUAUCUACCAUCCCGGGCCUCCUUACUUUCACGACGCGUACAAAAUUUGGAAUUGUUGCAAUAAGAAGAGCACCGACUUUGGCACAUGGCUUAGCUUUAAGGGUUGUACAAAAGGCCCGCAUAAUCCGGAAAAGCCGGAAGAUAUUGUGCGCAUUGCGUCAGUUAAAGAAAUACGACCGGAAAAGGAAGAAGAAGUGAUUGUCUGGAAUGGUCUCAAUAAGCCAGCGGAACGGAGUCGACAAGCGGGAAAUGUGAUUCUUCUCGGAAUUGAAACGACUUCCGGAGCUCGAGCUGCCAUUGAACGUUUUCAGGCACAAAGCGGCGCUUCAUCCGAAGAAGGUAAACUGCAAAUUGGUACACCCUGUCAAAAUUCCGGAUGUGAUAAGACAUUUGCUGGCCCGGAUUCGGAGCUAUCCGAGUGUGUUUAUCACCCAGGUGUGGCCAUUUUUCACGAAGGGAUGAAGUAUUGGAGUUGCUGCCAAAAGAAAACAAGUGAUUUUGGAGCCUUCUUGGAACAGAAAGGUUGUGAACACGGGAAACACAAUUGGACAAAGAAUGAGAAAGUUGACAAGCUUCGAGAAGAUUGGUUUUCAAGCAAUGGAUCGAUUACAGUCAACGUCUAUUGUAAGGGAGCAAUGCCCGAAAACAUUCGAGCCGAAACGGACGGACUUAACCUGCGGGUGGUGCUCGUUCACGGCUUCGGGACUAAGCAAUCGACUCUCAACUAUGAGCUUUUUGGGGAAAUCAUUGCAGCUGAAAGCCUUGUUCGGGUUGGAGAGAGAAAGGUAGAGCUGAUUUUGAAGCAGAAAGAUGUGGUCAGCUGGCCUCGACUGCGUUACGAACUCCAGGCCAAGGAUGAAAAAGAAAUCGACGCU